UGGCUAGGGCCUGGGGAAGGGGGGCUCGGCUGUGGGGCAGGAGAGGGAGAAACGGCUAGGAGAGAAACAUCAUGGAGCCUGCUUCUCCCCAGGAUGACGUGAAGAAGAGGCAACAGAAGGAGAAGUCCAAGAAGCCGGUGCCGCCAGCAGCCCCCCGACCUGCCAGGGCUCUGUUCUGCUUGACUCUGCAAAACCCGCUGCGGAAGGCAUGCAUCAGCAUCGUGGAGUGGAAGCCCUUCGAGAUCAUCAUCCUCCUGACCAUCUUUGCCAACUGUGUUGCCCUGGCCAUCUACCUGCCCAUGCCUGAGGAUGACACCAACAUCGCCAACUCCAGCCUGGAGAAGAUCGAAUACGCCUUCCUGAUCUUCUUUGCCAUUGAGGCGAUGCUCAAGAUAAUUGCCUACGGGUUUCUGUUCCAUACGGAUGCCUAUCUCCGAAACGGCUGGAAUGUGCUCGACUUCUCCAUCGUGUCACUAGGGCUCAUCACCAUGACCCUGGAGCAGAUCAAUGCGAAGCAGACUGGGACUUCAGGGGGAAAAGGCGGCUUCGAUGUGAAGGCCCUGCGAGCAUUUCGGGUGCUGAGACCCCUGCGCUUGGUGUCCGGAGUGCCAAGCCUUCAGGUUGUCCUGAACUCCAUCAUCAAGGCCAUGGUGCCUCUGCUCCACAUCGCCCUGCUGGUUCUCUUCAUGAUCAUCAUCUAUGCCAUCGUUGGGCAAGAGCUCUUCAAGGGCAAGAUGCACAAAACCUGCUACUAUCUUGGCACAGAUGUAAUUGCCACAGUGGGAUCAGAGAAGCCAGCCCCGUGCACCAGCUCUGGCCAUGGGCGACACUGCACCCUCAAUGGCACUGAGUGCCGAAGCGGCUGGCCAGGACCCAAUGAUGGCAUCACUCACUUCGAUAACUUCGGCUUUGCCAUGCUGACUGUCUACCAGUGCAUCACCAUGGAGGGCUGGACUGAAGUCCUCUACUGGGUAAAUGAUGCCAUUGGGAAUGAAUGGCCCUGGAUCUACUUCGUCAGCCUUAUCUUACUUGGCUCCUUCUUUGUUCUUAACCUGGUGCUGGGGGUGCUCAGCGGCGAGUUCACCAAAGAGCGUGAGAAGGCCAAGUCACGGGGCACGUUUCAGAAGUUGCGGGAGAAGCAGCAGCUGGAGGAGGAUCUGAAGGGCUACAUGGACUGGAUCACCCAUGCAGAGGUCAUGGACAGUGACCGGGCCAGGGGAGAAGGUAUGAGGCCGUCGGAUGAAGGAGGGUCAGAGACAGAGAGCUUGUAUGAAAUUGAGGGCAUGAAUAAGUGGAUUCUCUACUUCCAUCAGUGGAGGCGUUGGAACCGAAUGUUUCGUAGAAAGUGCAGGGAUGUGGUGAAGUCCAAGUUCUUCUACUGGCUUGUCAUCCUGGUGGUGGCACUGAACACCCUCUCCAUCGCCUCUGAGCACCACUUCCAGCCAGAAUGGCUGACACAAGUGCAAGACAACGCCAACCGGGUGCUGCUAGCACUCUUUGUGGCAGAGAUGCUUCUGAAGAUGUACGCGCUGGGCCUGCGCCAGUACUUCAUGUCGCUCUUCAACCGCUUCGACUGCUUCGUGGUGUGUUCGGGGAUCUUGGAGAUCAUCCUGGUGGAGCUUGGCACCUUGUCACCCCUGGGCAUCUCUGUGCUGCGCUGCAUCCGGCUCCUCCGCAUCUUCAAGAUCACCAGGUACUGGACAUCCUUGAGCAACCUGGUGGCCUCCCUGCUCAACUCGGUCCGCUCCAUUGCAUCUCUGCUCCUCCUCCUGUUCCUCUUCAUCAUUGUCUUUGCGCUGCUGGGCAUGCAGCUCUUUGGGGGCAAAUUUGACUUUGAGGACAUGCAAAUCCACCGCAGCACAUUCGACAACUUCCCUCAGGCCCUCAUCAGUGUCUUCCAGAUCCUGACUGGAGAGGACUGGAAUUCUAUCAUGUACGAUGGGAUCAUGGCCUAUGGGGGCCCAUCCUUUCCUGGCAUGCUGGUCUGCAUCUACUUCAUCAUCCUCUUCGUCUGUGGGAACUAUAUCCUCCUCAAUGUCUUCCUGGCCAUCGCGGUUGAUAACCUGGCCGAGGCUGAGAGCCUGACCUUAGCCCAGAAGGCCAAAGCAGAGGAACGCAAGCGGCGGAAGAUGUCCAGAGGUUACCCAGAAAAGUCUGAAGAUGAGAAGCAGAUGCUGGCAAAGAAGCUUGAGCAAAAAAUGAAGGGAGAAGGGAUUCCCACAACAGCCAAGUUAAAAGUGGACGAAUUUGAAUCCAAUGUCAAUGAGAUCAAAGACCCCUACCCUUCUGCAGACUUUCCAGGUGAUGAUGAAGAAGAUGAACCCGAAAUCCCCCUGAGUCCUCGUCCACGUCCCCUCGCAGAGCUACAGCUGAAAGAGAAGGCUGUGCCCAUGCCUGAUGCAAGCUCCUUCUUCAUCUUCAGCCCCACCAACAAGUUUAGGAUGCUGUGCCACAGAACCGUCAACGCCACUUGGUUCACCAACUUCAUCCUCCUCUUCAUUCUGCUCAGCAGCAUCUCACUAGCAGCUGAAGAUCCCAUCCGGGCCGAGUCCUUCCGCAACAAGAUUCUUGGAUACUUUGACAUCGGUUUCACCUCUGUCUUCACAGUUGAAAUCGUCUUGAAGAUGACUGCCUAUGGUGCUUUCCUGCACAAAGGCUCCUUCUGCAGGAACUCUUUCAAUAUCCUUGACUUGCUGGUGGUUGCUGUCUCCCUCGUCUCCAAGGGCAUCGAGUCCAGUGCCAUCUCUGUGGUGAAGAUCCUCAGGGUGCUGAGGGUGCUGAGGCCUCUGCGAGCCAUUAACAGGGCAAAGGGGCUGAAGCACGUGGUCCAGUGCGUGUUCGUGGCCAUCAAGACUAUCGGUAACAUUGUGAUCGUCACGACGUUGCUGCAGUUCAUGUUUGCCUGCAUUGGCGUCCAGCUCUUCAAGGGCAAGUUCUAUAGAUGCACAGAUCCAUCCAAGCUGACAGAGAAGGAGUGCAGGGGUUAUUUCAUCAACUACGUGGAUGGGGACCCCACGCAGAUUGAGCUACAGACACGUGAAUGGGUGCACAGCAGCUUCCACUUUGACAACGUCUUCUCAGCCAUGAUGUCCCUUUUCACGGUCUCCACCUUUGAGGGCUGGCCAGAGCUGCUAUACAUGGCCAUUGACACUAAUGCUGAGGAUACAGGCCCUAUCUACAACUACCGGGUGGAGAUUGCAAUGUUCUUCAUCAUCUACAUCAUCCUCAUUGCGUUCUUCAUGAUGAAUAUCUUUGUGGGCUUUGUCAUUGUCACCUUCCAGGAGCAAGGGGAGAGCGAGUACAAGAACUGUGAGCUGGACAAGAACCAGCGCCAGUGUGUGCAGUAUGCGCUGAAGGCUCGCCCCCUGCGGCGCUACAUCCCCAAGAACCCCUACCAGUACCAGAUCUGGUAUGUGGUCACCUCCUCCUACUUCGAGUACCUCAUGUUCUUCCUGAUCAUGCUGAACACUAUCUGCCUGGGCAUGCAGCAUUACAACCAGUCUCCAGAAAUGAACCACGUCUCAGACAUCCUCAAUGUGGCCUUCACUGUCCUAUUCACCCUGGAGAUGAUCCUCAAGCUUAUGGCCUUUAAAGCCAAGGGCUACUUUGGGGACCCUUGGAACGUCUUUGACUUCCUGAUCGUGAUCGGCAGCAUCAUCGAUGUCAUCCUCAGCGAGAUUGAUACUGUUCUUGCAUCCAGUGGCGGACUGUACUGCCUCGGCGGGGGCUGUGAUGGCACUGACUCGGAUGACAACUCCCGUGUUUCCAUCACUUUCUUCCGACUGUUCCGGGUGAUGCGGCUGGUGAAGCUGCUGAGCCGGGGGGAAGGUGUAAGGACCCUCCUGUGGACCUUCAUCAAGUCCUUCCAGGCUCUGCCCUACGUUGCCUUGCUGAUCGUGAUGCUUUUUUUCAUCUAUGCUGUGAUUGGGAUGCAGAUGUUUGGGAAGAUUGCCAUGGUGGAUGGGACCCAGAUCAACCGAAACAACAACUUCCAAACCUUUCCACAAGCCGUGCUGCUGCUCUUCAGGUGUGCGACCGGCGAGGCCUGGCAGGAGAUCCUGCUGGACUGCAGCUACGGCAAGCUGUGUGACCCUGAGUCCGACUUCGCCGAGGGCGAGGAGUACACCUGCGGCACGGGCUUCGCCUACUUCUAUUUUAUCAGCUUCUACAUGCUCUGCGCCUUCCUGAUCAUCAACCUCUUUGUGGCAGUCAUCAUGGACAACUUUGACUACCUCACACGUGACUGGUCCAUCCUUGGGCCCCAUCACCUGGAUGAGUUCAAGCGGAUCUGGGCUGAGUAUGACCCCGAGGCCAAGGGCAGGAUCAAACACUUGGAUGUAGUGACUCUACUGAGACGUAUCCAGCCUCCCCUGGGCUUCGGGAAGUUCUGCCCUCACCGUGUAGCUUGUAAGCGUCUUGUGUGCAUGAACAUGCCCCUGAACAGCGAUGGCACCGUCACCUUCAAUGCAACCCUCUUUGCGCUGGUGAGGACAGCCCUCAAGAUCAAGACAGAAG